UCUGCCACAAUAACUGCCAGCCUGGCUGACUGCCUGCUAUCAGGCAAAACACAUUUAUAAUUGAGCGCCAAGAGCGCAAAGCACAAAGAAAAAUAUUGGCAACGCCAGUCGAAAGCGGCCCAAAUCAAAUAAUGUGGCGCAGGCCAAAAACAGUUUGAUGCAAAACGCUCGCUCGCGAUGACGAUGACACAAUAGCACGCAAUCAAAGUAAAAAAAUACAAAAAAAAGAACAAAAAUAAAGAAGAAAAAUAAUAAGUCAGCUUCAGCUCAAAGGAAAACUCAAAUCAAACACAGCAACAAAAAUUUGGCCAAUAUUACGCAUACGCAACGUGCAAUAAGUCAAGGCUAUAAAUAAAAUUCAUCGAUGUCUAUAGAAAACACCAAAUAAUUCCAUUUCAUUUUUUAAGUGCGUAGCAUAAAAAAAGCAAAAAUAGAAAACGAAAUCUUGCUGUGAAGUGAAGUUCAGUUCAUUUCAAAAAAAAUAUAUAUAUACACAAAUUUUUGCCACAACGCAAAAAGAAAAUGUUUUGUGUUAAAAAAAGAAUUUUGUGUUAAAAUAUUAUAGAAAGCAGCUCGUAAAUAACCAAAUAUUCGUUUAAAAAUUGAAAAAAUAUAACAAGGAAAAUAAAGAACCGUUUCUUAUAUAUUUAACGUGAAGUAUAACAGCCAAAACGGGCACUCGUCUACGUCAACCCAGCGCCAAGGGACGCAGAAAGAGCAAAAUGAUCUACAUAGAUGAUUCAGAGCCGGAAGGUGUUUUGGAACCGGCGUUUCCGAUGCGCGAUGUGACCAUAAACCGCAAUGUGGAUGCGCAUAAAUUGUACGACGUGCUUGGUGAGGUGGGACGCGGUAAAUUCGGAACAGUCUACAAGUGCAAGGAGAAGACAAGUGGAAUACAGUUGGCAGCAAAGUUUGUGCCGAUACCGAAGCGUGAGGACAAGAGGAAUGUGGAGAGAGAAGUGGAGAUAAUGAAUUCAUUGCAACAUCAUCUCAUUAUACAAUUGUAUGCUGCAUACGAAUAUCAGAAAAUGAUGUGCGUCGUCCUGGAACUCAUUGAAGGCGGUGAACUAUUCGAUCGUGUUGUGGACGAUGAAUUUGUGCUCACGGAGCGUGUGUGUCGUGUGUUUAUACGUCAGGUGUGCGAGGCAAUGGCCUUUAUACACGGCAACGGUAUUAUCCAUCUAGAUCUUAAACCUGAGAACAUUUUGGUGCUAACACAAAAGGGCAAUCGCAUUAAGAUCAUUGACUUUGGACUGGCACGCAAAUUCGAUCCCGAUAAGCGUCUGAGAGUACUCUUCGGCACACCUGAGUUUGUGGCGCCAGAAGUUGUGAACUUUGACUGCAUCUCAUAUGGCACAGAUAUGUGGAGUGUUGGCGUUAUAUGCUAUGUGCUCAUCUCUGGUCUGUCGCCAUUCAUGGGCGAGAACGACAUUGAAACAAUGUCAAAUGUAACCAUUGCAAAAUACGAUUUCGAGGAUGAAUGCUUUAAUGGCAUAUCCCCGGAGUGCCUGGAUUUCAUAGCAAAGCUACUGGUAAAGGACUUGAGCACCCGCAUGACAGCCGCCGAUUGUGUGAAGCACAAAUGGCUGCAAUACCAUCCCGCUGCCACGCCCAACGCCCCCACAACAAUGGCCAAGAGCGGUUCAGUUAGUGCCAAGACGCGCCUGAAGUCUGAAUCGCCCACAACGUUAGCCUCUGAGUCUUCGGAGGAUUCAACGGAAACAAUCGAGGAAGCCGACGUGGAUGACGAUGAUAAUGAGGACGUGGCGACGGAACAGGAUGAGGACAGCGAGGAACUGGCACAGCUAUGCAGCACACAUGAGCUGGAGAACAAAGAGCUGGAUGCCACCAAGGAUAAUUUAAAGAAUUUCAUAGUGCGCUGGGAGACGCAUCCGAAUAGUCCGUAUGUAUUCGACGUUGAGGGCAAUGUGAUAGCGCCAUUAAAUGAGACCAGCUAUCCGCAUCCCCGACGACCCCAUGGCACGGACAGCAUCUCCUCAUCCCGAGUUUGUUCGCCAUCGCCGUGUGAAUCGAUAGCGACACUGAUCGAUGAUGAGCAAGCGGAUGAGUUGCAGGCAGCGGCAGAUGAGGAGGAAUCACGCAGCGGGGAUAGUCCAGCAUCUGUGGCCACCACGCCGAUCAACGAGUCCCGCGAGAAACUCUUCCCCCUGGGACCAACGAAUGCCUCUGGCGCCUCUGGAUGUGCCACGCCCACGCCGCAGCACCUGUUCAACGAGAACUUUGACGAGUUCUCCGGCAGCGAAUCAACCGCUCAGCAACAGCGCAGCAUGAAAAGCUAUCUGCACACAUUCGAUCGUCGCAAUUCGGAUACGACUUUCCUGCUGGGACGUCGCAGCUCCGGGGAGCGUGUUAAUCUCGCGGAUGAGAUACGCAAACUCUCCGAUCAUCUGCUAAUGCUGGCCGAGAUCAACACCAAGUUGGGUGACGGCAAUAACAAUGCCACGGAAAAUGGUAAGGAAUCUAGCAGCACUGAAAGCAGCACCACCCAGGAGGGCAACAAAUGGACAAGCACCACUCGCAGCAGCAGCACCACCAGCAGAGCCACACAACGUAGCAUGCUGAACAGUUCCAGCAGCAGCAGCAGCAGCCAAAGCCAGGCACAUUUUAAAGAUGGUCAGCAGCAGGAGAAGAUCAGCUCGCUCUCCGUGAGAUUGCAGCAGUCGAUUGAGGAGAUGCCCAAGCUAAGCAAUGGCAACUCCACCGACAGUUGGCGCAGCAAGUCUACAGUGAACACCAUGAGCACGGCCAAUUCGAAGAGCAGCUGCAGCAGCACCAGCACCAGCACCCAUGUCCAAAAGUCAGUCUCGAAAAUAAGUUCCAGUAGCAUCACUAGCACCAGCGCCAGCAGCAGCAGCAAUCACCUGCUCUCAGAAUCAGCGAGCAGUCGACGUGCCAAGUUCCGCAUCAAUCAGAUGAGCCGGGAUGUGCCCAUUGGACUGCCGGACACACAUCAGACGGUGAAUCUGGAGGAGGCCGCCAACACCACCAAAGAUUGUCUGCUGCAUCUGCUGGAGAAAUACAAUGAGACGAAAAUUCGCAAUCCCGUCGGUCGCCAUCAGAGCAUCAGUGUCGAUUGGCAUAUCAGCGAUAAUCUCGAAUACCGAUCGAUGAGCUCCAUCAAUGCCUUCUUCCAGCGCCAUGGACAUUCCAGUGGCGGUCAGAAUGUCAGGCACAUACAGGCUCAGCUGGAGGAGAAGGCAACGGGGAAGUAGUAGAGA